UGCAACAGAGUCUGACCUUCUUUACGGAGUUCGAGCUCUCAGGCUCAGUGUGCCGAGGUGAGGCGGUAUAAAGGCGUGUACACGGAGUUCGGUGACGACAGUGAAUCCACUCUCGACCUCUCAGCCCCUUGAGUCCUCUCAGAGUUUUCACGAUGAAGGCAUUCUUCGCUGCCCUCGUUUCCGCCGCGGUCACUUCGGUCACAGCGCACUACACGCUGCCCGACCUCAUCCUGAACGGUGCCGCCAGCACCGACUGGGAAUACGUCCGCCAGACUCAGAACUACCAGGACAACAUGCCGCUCACGGACGUCACCAGCGACUUGAUCCGCUGCUACGAGAACAACACGGCCUCGUCCACCUCCGUCGCGACCGUCGAUGCCGGCGCCACAGUCGGCUUCAAGGCCAACGGCGACUUCUACCACCCUGGGUACUUCUCGGCGUACAUGUCAAAGGCGAGCCCCGAGGCCGACUCCGAGGAGGCUGGUACGAGCCAGACCUGGUUCAAGAUCUGGCAGGAUGCCCCGACCUUCACCGCAGGCACCAACGGCCAGCCUGGCACGCUGAACUUCGCCUUGGAGUCCACCGACCAGUUCACGUUUACCAUUCCGCCCAGCCUGCCGAGCGGGCAGUACCUCAUCCGUGGCGAGCAGAUCGCCCUGCACGUGGCGAAAACCUACGGCGGCGCGCAGUUCUACCUGAGCUGCGCUCAGGUCAACGUCGCCAACGGUGGUGACGGAUCUCCCGAGCCGCUCGUGUCCUUCCCUGGCGCGUACACUGGCUACGAGCCCGGCAUCCUCAUCGACAUCUACGACCUCCCGAGCAACUUCACCGGCUACGUCUCUCCCGGCCCGGCUGUCUGGAAUCAGUGAAAUCCAGUGAUGUAGCGUUGGGGGCGCGGAGAUCGUUACGUGGUGUGCAGUGGCUUCGUUGAUGUCGCCGAAAGGGAUGUACGGAGGAUCGAAGUGUUUGAAUUCGCAAGCCCUGUUCGUGACGGAGAUCGCACGA